AUGGCGUCAAAGCUGGAGGACUGGGCUCUACCACGGCUUCAGCAACUCCUACCCUUGGACGACGAUAGCGGGAAGCAGGUCAUUCAAUACGCAGAGACAUUACCGAAGGAUGCGGCGGCGGAACAUCUAAAGAACUUACUCGGCGACGAUGCGAAGGCACUGGAGUUCAUCUCGAGCUUCAACCAGCGGCGGCAGAAUGCGCAGGCUUCCAGUACACCUACGAACCACGACAGACAAAUGGGGGCAUCACAGGCUUCGAACCGGCCUGCAGAGGCACCGCGAGCGCGAGGAGGUGGCCGAGGAGGAAAGAAGAGGGCCAAUAUCCAUGCGCUACCAGCAAGGCAGAUUGAAGAUCGUGGGAAUCUAGGAGGAGGCUACGUCAAGGCUGCGGAGAGCGAUUAUAUGCCUACAUCUUCACGGCAAAGGCAUAAAGAUGUGGUGGCGGACAACCUGGCGAUACGGCAGAAGACGCCCGAUGCUACUCAGAUGCCGCUUAUCACUGGAGAUGCGGCGCCUACAGACGAGCCGAUUACGUCGAAAGCACCGCCUUCAGCUGCUGGGCCGUUGAUAUCGGAUAGCUUGUCGCCACGGAAAGGUGGCUCGGCGCAGUCUUCAAGAGGCGCAUCGCCGGCGCCGAAGACGAAGGUCAACAUAUCUGGUGGAACGGCUAUGCAUGGAGCUUCUUCGACGCUUUCGGACCUUGAUUCAGCGAUUCGUAGUCUUGAAGUUCAGACAAACCCAAGUCUAUCAUCAACCGCGAACGCGGCAUCCGAAACCGAGAAGCGGAGAUGUAAUUGCAUGGCUACCCGACACCCUCUUCUCGACAUUGCACCGAACUGCCUCAACUGCGGCCAAGUCAUCUGCGUAAAGCAGGGCCUGGGUCCUUGCACGUUCUGCGGCAGUCCUUUGCUGAGCUCAGACGAGAUCUCAAAAGUGCUGCGAGUGCUCAAGGAUGAACGAGGAGAGGAGAGGAUGAAGGCCAAUAACUCUGCCCACAAAAAAGCUGACGUAGCCCACGGUAAGGCUCGCGCGUUCACUGGCCGUGACUUUCUCGCCCAGACAUGUUCAAAUCGAUCAAGUCCGCUCUCAUCUACUCCCGCAACACCCGCUGGAAGUGAUGACGAAGGAGAAAAGGCAGCAAAACAGCACCGCGACAAGCUGCUCAGCUUCCAAGCGCAGAACGCCAGACGAACGCAGAUCCACGACGAAGCAGCAGACUACGACGUCCCGAGUUCGGGGACGAGUAUGUGGGCAUCGCCGGCCGAGCGCGCGGCGCAGCUCAAGAAGCAGCAGAAGAUUUUGCGGGAGAUGGAAUGGAAUGCGCGGCCGGACUACGAGAAGCGAAAGGUCGUUGCGUCUAUUGAUUUGAAAGGCGGCAGAGUCGUGCGCAAGAUGGCUGAUGUGGAGAAGCCGGAUUUCAACGGCGGUACUGAUGAAGGUGCUGAGGUUGAUGAUGGCUAUGUAGCCCCUGCGCCUGAUGCAAGUCGCUCGGGAGGUGGCGGUGCGUUCAGCAAUAACCCGCUUGCGAAGGGGCUAAUCAAGCCGAAAGCCCGGGAGGAGAAGGGCAAGGGUACUGAGAGGGAGCAGCGGAACACGUGGAGAAGAGUGCAGAUGGAUGAGGACGAUAACGAGGGAUGGAUAUUGGAUGGUGGUGUGUAUGGCGGGAAUGUGGACGGCAGGGUGUUGGGUGAUGAGGAGCACGCUUUCGCAGCUUCGACGUCUUGA